CCUGAUAAGAAGGGAUUUAUUAGAAUCCCUGAAGUUUAAAGUGAAGGCUAUGGGUAUAACAAAGUGAACAGUCGGGAUAUGUCUCACAACCAAUGAUCAUAUCGACAGGGAAGAAGAAUAUAGAGCUGACCCCUGAUCCUCCCAAAGAAGUCACCAUGUUGCUGGGAACAGUGUGUGUUUUCCCUCUGAUAGUGGCUGCAAGUUUUGCCAUGGAACCUUCUCAUCUCAACGGGAUCGAGAAAAGAGUCACCUCCUGUACUACUCCAAGGGUCCCUUUCGGAACAGUUUCGUGUCCAAAUCCUUCGAACCUGUUUCAAGCGAUAACUUGUUCUCUCAGCUGUGACCAUGGAUACACAUCUAACUGCGGCUCUAUAUCUUGCUUUGCUGGACAUCUGACUGUAACGGAAUCUUGUACAGACACGUCUCCUCCGGUGAUCAUCAACUGUCCUUCCAGUCAGACUCACUUCCUAGAAUCAAACCAAGCAAAACUAAACAUCACGUGGUCAGAGGUCAAGGCUAUGGACUCUCCGAAAGGAGACUUGGUGAACGUGACCUUGACCUCCAGCUUACGACCCGGAAGCGCUUAUCCAGCAGGGAACUACUCAGUUCGGUACGAUGCCAAGGAUGACGCAGGAAACAAGGCCUAUCCAUGCUCUUUCACCGUGUCAAUAGCAACCUGUCCAAGCGGCUCCUAUAUCAAAGUGUCAAACAGCAAUCUUGAUUGUGUUCCGUGUCCUACUGGAACAUACCAGGAACACGAGGGACGCCUCACGUGUGUUCCAUGUGCAGCCGGUUUGACGACAACGUCCGAGGGGUCAAAUUCCUCGUCCAGCUGUAAAGGCCGCUGUAGUCCUGGCAGCUACUCCACCAAUGGCAUGGAACCCUGUUCCCUGUGCCCUAUAGGAUCAUACCAGUCUCGGCCAGGAUCCAAACAGUGUGAUGCGUGUCCCGUGGGAAGGGUGACAAAGAACAAGGGGGAAAAGGACCUGGAGACUGCAUAUGUCCCCGAGGUUUCUUUGUGAUGGACAUCUUGCUCAGUAAAACAUGCACGGUUUGUCCCAAAGGAAGCUACCAAGACCAGGAAAAUAGUCACAAAUGCGUGUAUUGCGCCUGGGGUCUCUCUACAAUUGCAGAUGGUUCUGUCUCCAAGACGGACUGCAGAGCUCCUUGUCUGCCCGGAACUUCUUCAUCUGAUGGCCUUCAACCGUGUACACCAUGUCCGAGGGGCUCAUAUCAAAGCUCACCCGGAAAAACAAACUGUGACCUUUGCCCUAAAGGUCACACAACCAAUGCUACAGGUGCUCUAGUGUCGACUGACUGCACAGUGUCUGGUGUCUGAAUACAACAUGUGUGUCGUGCUCAAUAAGUACAGAAUCAUAUUCUCACAAUUUGGUGUUUAACUUGUUGCUGUAUUUGUGAAUGGUAUUAAAAUCCCCAGGGAAUAUUGUAUUCUU